UCACUACUAUCAAAAGUGAUAGUUGUGUAUGUGCAUGUAUAUUAGAGACCAAUGUACACGACUUUAAACGGCGGUGGUUGUGUAUAAAAAUGAAAUGGGGCAUUGGGUGAAAGUGCUCUUGGCUUGGAGGUCUUAUAUCAGAUCAGUGUGCCAGGAGCAGCAUAGGAUGUCUAUGGAGAUUUUGUCUUCGUCCUAAUGACGAGAUCCCAUCGUGUCUAUAACGCUGUGUUUUUUUGAAAAAAAAAAAUAUAUAUACAUAUAUACAUAUAUAUUUUUCUUUUCUCCUUUUUUCCAAAUUAUGCAAUCGAAAUCGCGUUGUAGUAUCUUUCAAUAAAGUUUAUUCGUUCGAUUGGAUUAAGAGAAAAAAGUAUUAAAGCACACAUAGUUUUUGCAGAAAUGGUGCUAACAGUGUGGAUAUGGUGCUUUCUUGUGUCGGCAAGUCAAGUGGUAAUAGCUUUGGAAAAUGGAUUAGCUAAGACACCACCCAUGGGGUGGUUAGCCUGGGAAAGAUUUAGAUGUAAUACUGACUGCAAAAACGAUCCUGACAAUUGUAUAAGUGACCAACUAUUUCGAACAAUGGCUGACAUUGUUGUAGCAGAUGGUUAUGCAGCAGUAGGAUAUGAAUAUAUUAAUAUAGAUGAUUGUUGGUUAGAGAAAGACCGAAAUUAUAAUGGUCAAUUGGUCCCAGAUAGGAAACGUUUCCCAUAUGGCAUGAAAAAUUUAGCUGAUUAUAUACAUUCAAAAGGACUUAAAUUUGGAAUUUAUGAAGAUUUUGGUAAUUACACAUGUGCUGGUUAUCCUGGAGUAAUUGGAUAUCUGGAAACUGAUGCAUUGACCUUUGCAUCUUGGGAUGUAGAUUAUGUAAAACUUGAUGGGUGUUAUGCACAUCCAUCAGAAAUGGAUAGAGGAUAUCCAGAAUUUGGAUUCUAUCUAAAUCAAACAGGCAGACCUAUGAUAUAUUCAUGCAGUUGGCCUGUUUAUCAAAUUUAUGCUGGUAUGCAGCCAAACUUUACUGCAAUAAUAGAACAUUGCAAUCUCUGGAGAAAUUUUGAUGACAUACAAGAUUCUUGGAACAGUUUAGAAAGUAUUAUUGAUUAUUAUGGAAAUAAUCAGGAUUCUAUUGUACCAAAUGCUGGACCUGGACACUGGAAUGAUCCUGAUAUGUUAAUUAUUGGUAACUUUGGUUUAAGUUAUGAACAAAGUAAAACGCAAAUGGCUCUAUGGGCUAUUUUAGCUGCACCUUUGUUAAUGUCUGUUGAUCUUCGAACAAUCAGACCAGAAUAUAAAGCUAUUUUACAAAACAAAAAAAUUAUUGCUGUGGAUCAAGAUCCACUUGGUAUACAAGGUCGUCGUAUAUAUAAACAUAAAGGUAUUGAAAUAUGGGCACGACCAAUAACGCCAAUACAUCAAUCAUAUUAUUCUUACGCAAUUGCGUUCUUGAAUAGAAGAACAGAUGGUACACCUUCGGACGUUUCAGUUACAUUAAAAGAACUUGGUUUACAAUAUCCUGGAGGAUAUAAAGUAGAAGAUUUAUACGAAGAUGUGAACUAUGGUGUCUUAUUGCCACAUACAAAGAUAAAAGUUAAAGUAAAUCCAUCUGGGGUAGUUAUUCUACGAUGUGAUUUACAACUUGAAGACAUCUAUACCUCAAGUCAUUAUACAUCUUAUGAGCCUUUAAAUCAAGUUUUUAAAGUUAGGCAAAAUCCAUAUGAAUAAUGAGAUGUUCAAUAUUACAUUUCCUUUUGGUUUCUUUUUACUAUAAAUAUUUGAUCAUGCUAUAAUAUAUUUCCGAAAAUAAGAAGUAAAAAGUUUUAUAUGUCGUUUCCAAGGCCAUUGCCACAUUUGUGUACACCUUUCUGGAUGUGGCAUCAUAGCCAAGUGUCGACCGUCAGUUGAACAUAUAGCAGCUAUACCCUCUAAUGAAAAUGAUUUGUUCUUUUAUAAUCUUAUAUAUGGAUAAGUUUAUAUAUAUUAUUAUUUUAUAAAACUUA